UUGUCUUUUACUUUUACUAGUUGAUUGUUUCUACUUCCUCUUUUUCUUCACUCAAUUGUGAAUUCUGAAUUGUGACUUUCAACAUGACUUCUUCCUUCUUUCUCAUCAAUCUCGCUUUCAAAUGCCUUCAUCAUUUCGCAUGGCCUCUUCUAGCUCUGGGGUAUCCUCUGUGUGCUUCCGUACAGGCAAUCGAGACUGAAUCAUAUGCACAAACUAAGGAUUUGAUCUCAUAUUGGAUACUUCUUUCAUUAAUAUACCUCUUUGAGUAUGCUUUUAUGACCCUUCUUCUAUGGUUUCACCUCUGGCCGUACAUUAAGCUAAUGAUCAUCUUCUGGCUCAUCAUACCGGACUUUGGACGAGCUUCUUAUGUUUAUAAUAACCUUAUUCGCUCCAUGAAACCGCAAAUAGUCACAUGGAGGUUAAAUAAUUUCUGGAGGAAGUGUUUUGUUGAGAAAGACGACUUCUUGCUGCAUGCAGAGAGGUUUAUGAAAGAGAAUGGAACUGAAGCCUUAGAGAAACUCAUUGCUAGCAAGAACACAAUGUGUAGGCAUGAUGCAGAAGCAACAAAUGAAAUCAUAGCUACUGAUAAAAAAGAAAUGCUUAAGACAAAUGGAGAAAGACUCCAAACAGACCACAAAGAUAUCAAAGAUUCGGAGGCUAUUGAGAAAAAAGAAAUUACAGCAACCAAACAUAAUAUUCCUGUGAUGUCUAACGUUAUGCCAACUCAAAACGCAUCAUCAGCCAUAGCAGAAACCAAACGAAUAGUGGGGAGGGACACAGCUGGUGGAGAGCUUCUUACACAGAAGGAAGUGCAGAAAGAGUGGACUUGUGCCUUAUGUUUGGUAACAACGACGAGUGCGAAGACCUUGAAUUCCCACCUUAAUGGGAAGAAACACAAAGCUACUAUCGAAGCUUUGAAAGCAAAUAAGCAACCUGCUCCACAGAAGAUGAAAAUCUGUCAGUCCAAAGAGGAGUGGAAACAGAAGAAAGUUAGCAACAAGAUAAAUUCCAAUGGAAAGAAUGGAGAUGGCAAUACUGUUAACAUAGGAUUGAAGGGAACAGUAGUGAUGAAUCAUAAGGUGCAAAAACCGCAAAGCCUGCAGGAGGCUGUUACUGUUAGGUUGAAUGAUUCACAACUAAUAUGUGGAGUCUGUAAAGUUGUACUUCAUAGUGAGGCCAACGCCAUCUCUCACAUAAAUGGGAAGAAGCACUUGGCUAAAAUGCAAAGUAGAUAGUUUAAAUAACCUUAGAGGCAUUGGCAUUGCUUGAAAGUUCAAAGGGAUUGAAUUGGCCAAUGUAGCAAACUUCUUGACUCAUGUUGAUAUAUCAGGUGUGCAUUACAUUGCUGCAUGUGUAAAUGGAAAUUCUUAAGUGUUUUGAAAGCAUUUGCACGAAAAACAUUUAUUUUGAAUUUUAAUUAGUCACAACUGAAUUGUUAA